GUUCUCCAUUUGAGCUCUCUUUUCAAAUUCAACCGGCACUCUCGCUGCUUAGCUUUGUUCUCCAUUCCCACAGCCACACAGAGCGUCCAGGACCCCAGAAUCUCCAUCUUUUCGCCCCCCCGUCUAUUCUCUUCGAUUUUGAAUCCCCUUAUUCUUCUUCCAGGGCGCCAACAUAGUUUUCCCUUUAGAAACUUCAAGGAAAGUGUCGCCGAGAAUCGCUCAAGAUUAUCGGAAUCCAUCCCAAUAAUUCUCCUUCGGCUUCUCCUUUAAGCCCUAUUGCUCUCACUCGGGUUUUUCGCUCCUCCAGCGGUUUCUUUCUCCGCCCCAUCAUGUUAAAAGCUCCUCUUUUCUCUUUAUUCCAAUCUCUUUCUCUUCGGUUCCCGUUUCUUCACUGACCCCCUCCCAUUUCAUUAAUACUAUCAUUAUUGCUUUUCUUCUUCCCAUCCCCUCCCACCUUUGUGUGUCUUUUUGGCAGAUUUAUCAACAAAAGACCUUUGGAGUGCUCCUCUUAAAGUUUCAGUCUUCUUCUUCACGGUUCUAUUUUAUUCCAAAGGCCGGGUCUAUUUGUUUCGCCCAGAAUACGCUCUGCUUGGGAUGGAAAUCAUGGAACAGAGUAUCCUAUGCAAAUACACUGUCCACGAAAGUGUCACCAAGAAGUACACCAAGCCGGGUGCGGCCAACAAGGCUGCCGAUGUUCACAGUCCCAUAGAGCCCAGAGUGGUACGGAUAUCUGUCACCGAUCCAGACGCCACUGACUCCUCCAGCGAUGAGGAAGGAGAGUACUGCUUUAGUCGACAGAGAGUGAAGCGUUAUGUGAACCAGGUUAACAUCGAACCGAGCUGCAGGAGCUCGGUGACUUCCAAUCCGCGGAAGAGGCCCGCAGGAGAAAGUCAAGCCUGCCGGCGGCCGGUUAAGGUUUCUUCUACAAAUAACGGAAGGAAGUUCCGAGGAGUACGACAAAGACCUUGGGGGAAAUGGGCGGCGGAGAUUCGAGAUCCCGCUCGUCGUGUACGCGUGUGGUUGGGCACCUUCGACACUGCAGAGGAAGCGGCUAUGGUGUAUGACAAUGCAGCAAUUAAGAUACGUGGACCAGACGCGUUGACAAACUUCGUGACCCCGCCGCCGAGGGAGAAGCCGGAAGAAGCAGAAGUGGCGGUGAAGCCGGAAAUGAAUGUAGUGGUGAAGUCGGAAGCGUCGGGCUCCGGCUACGAUUCCGGCGACGAAUCACAUCGUCUGCCAUCUCCCACGUCAGUGCUGCAAUUCAGAAGCAAUUGCAGCGAAGAGACCGAACCGCAGAAGGCAAGCGAACCUGAAAAAGAGAGUGAGGCCGAGACGGAGACAGCCGAAGUGGAAGGUGUGUUUCGGGAGUGUGAAGGCGAAACGAGUAUGCCAGAUGAGAAGGUGGACUAUUUCGGGUUCGACACGCAGAACGAGGAUUACUUCGGGUUCGAUAUGCCAAAUUGGGAGCAGGUGUUCGACUUCUCGACGCCAGAACCGGAAUACUCAUUAAUGUUCGAAGAAAGCCCUCCGUUUCUGGGGGAGACGACGGCGAUGUUACCGGAGGAAGAUUUCAGAGUGGACGAUAUGAUCGUGGGGGAGGCAGAGUUGGAGUUGGAGUUGGAGAAGUCAUUCUCGCCGUCGACGCCGUGCCAAAUGGACGAUUACUUCCAAGACAUACUGUCGGGUUCGGACCCUCUGGUGGUGCUGUGAGGGGGGUCACUCAGGGAGUGGAGUGUGAGUUCCGCGUAUUGCCGCCGUCCCUCGCCACAUUUUGCUCCGGUGGCAGCCAUAAAUAUGAGCAUUUUCAAAUAUUAUAUUUAUUAUUUGUCUCUGAAAUCUCCGAGAUAAAUAGCAAACGGAGAUAGUCGAGUGAAGUUUUGUUUAAGAUUUGUAUUUGACACUGUUGGUUGCUUAAUAACUAGCCUAUGUUGAGAGUGUAACAUAUUGUCCCCGCAACUAUGAAUCCAAAAAUGUAUUGAGUCGUUC